CCUGUUUCCGGUAAAAUGAAAAUAAAGUGAAACAAAUACCAAUACUUCGAAAAUACGAAUAAUCUCCAAAAUGGAAGGAAACAAACCAAAAGAAACAAAUGGGUCACAAACAGUUAAAUCCAAUGGUGCAAGCAACGAUUCAAUUUCAGAUAGAUCCACAUCGUUUCCUCAAGAAACCUCAAGCAAUAGUUCAAAAGAAUCCGACUCCCCAUCCAAAUCCCUGUGCUCUUCAUCUUCAACGUCGUCAGAAAAUGUACCUGGGAUAGAAAUGAAAAUUUUAAGAGAUAGUGCCAAAGUAUCACAGUCAGAUGAACCACCAUUACUUGGGGGAGAGCUAAUUCAAGGAAUAGGAAGAGAUGUGACAUAUUUAUGUCCCUACAAUGGACCAAUAAAAGGAGCGCUGACAGUCACCAAUUACAAGUUGUACUUUAAAAGCAGUGAAAGGGAAUCGUUAUUUAUAUUAGAUGUACCACUAGGUGUGAUAAGUAAAAUUGAGAAGAUAGGUGGUGCCACUAGCAGGGGAGAGAAUUCCUAUGGAAUUGACCUGAUUUGCAAGGACAUUAGAAAUUUAAGAUUUGCACACAAACAAGAAAAUCAUUCAAGAAGACAAGUUUUUGAGAAGAUCCAACAGUUUGCCUUUCCUAUAACAAACAAACAGCCAUUAUUUGCCUUUGAAUUCAAAGAAGAUUAUGGUGAAGACGGAUGGAAAGUAUAUGACCCAAUAGCAGAGUACAAAAGACAGGGCCUUACAAAUGAUAGUUGGAAGAUAAACAGAAUAAAUGAACGAUAUGAAUUGUGUGAAACAUAUCCUAGUAUUAUAGUAACACCCCAGGCUGCCACAGAUGAUGACAUCAGACAGGUGGCUACAUUUAGAAGCAGAGGAAGAUUACCAAUUUUAUCAUGGAUCCACCCAGAAAGUCAAGCUACAAUAACCAGAUCAAGUCAGCCUCUGGUUGGUGUUGCUAACAGAAGGAACAAAGAAGAUGAGGCCUAUAUACAGAUGAUAAUGGAUGCUAAUGCUCAGUCUCACAAGUUAUAUAUCAUGGAUGCAAGACCAAGUGUUAAUGCACUCGCUAAUAUGGCUAAAGGUGGUGGCUAUGAAAGAGAAGAAUCUUACCAGAAUGCAGAAAUACUGUUUUUAGAUAUACACAAUAUACAUGUUAUGAAAGACAGUUUAAGAAAGUUACGUGAUGUUGUAUUUCCAACCAUAGAUGAUGCUCAUUGGUUAUCUAACGUAGAAUCAACACAUUGGCUUGACCAUAUUAAGCAAAUAUUGGCAGGUGCUUUGAGAGUUGCAGAUAAAGUUGAAUGUCAGAAAACAUCAGUAUUAGUUCAUUGUAGUGAUGGAUGGGAUAGAACAGCUCAGUUGACAUGUUUAGCCAUGUUAAUGCUAGAUCCUUACUACAGAACAAUAAGGGGAUUUGAAGUUCUUAUAGAAAAAGAAUGGUUGAGUUUUGGUCAUAAAUUUGCACAGAGAUAUGGUCACGGUGAAGAUAAACAUUCUGAUGCUGACAGAUCUCCAGUGUUUCUACAGUUUAUAGACUGUGUAUGGCAAAUGACUAAACAGUUUCCCAAUGCCUUUGAGUUUAAUGAACACAUGUUGAUAACCAUAUUGGACCAUUUAUACAGCUGUUUGUUUGGAACCUUCCUGUGUAACUGUGAACAGGCCAGGAUGACAGAGAAACUGAAAGAGAAAACUGUGUCAUUAUGGUCGUUUGUGAACUGUCAGCUGGAGGAAUUUACCAACCCAUUGUAUGCCUCUUAUCUCCACAAACAUGUACUGUUCCCUGUAGCUAGCAUGAGGAGGUUAGAGCUGUGGACAGCAUACUACUGUAGGUGGAAUCCUAGAAUGAGGCCACAGGAGCCUAUUCAUCUUCGGAAUAGAGAGUUACUGAUUCUGAAGCAACAACUCACCAAAAAGGUAGAGGAGCUACAAAAGGAAUUAGAUCAGAAGAAUAUGAGAGGGCGUGGUCUAGAACAACCAAGUCCAAGACCAAUUCCCAGAAUAUCUCAACCUGUUAAUGUAUAGCUGAUGUGAUUAAACAUUAUAUUGACUGUCAAACAACAUGAGGAUUGCUAUGUGUUUGGAGGAAUGUAUUGACUCCAUUCAUUGACUAUUUCUGCUAAAAGGGAAAAAAAAGAUAUGUUUUACUAACUACUUUUAUGUAAUUUCAUAUUCUUAACCAAAAAAUCCUUGAAAUCAAGACAUAUUGCAGAUAAAAUAAAUAAUGGCAUUUUAUUUUUUGAUACAGAUUUCUGAAGCUCAAGUAUCAGCUCGUCAUAGCAGGCCAAUAUACUUGCCGAUAGAGUCGGAAUAUAAAACAAGAAUGUCAUUAUUCUAUAUUUAAUUUCAAUUGUACAUUAUCUAUUUGUUCUAAAGAAAUCAGAGGAUUUAUUGACUUAUAUAAAUAAAAAAAAACAUUUUGAACACGAGAGUGAAUUUUAUGGGCUCAUUAGUAGUGAAAAAAAUGUGCAGUUGUAAUUUGAUUGAAGAGAAUUUAUUUAUUUAUACUACUGAUUGAGAACAAUGGCCAAUGAUUUGUUUUUGUAUGAAAAUGUUUGAGAGAAUGUAUGUGUUACAAUUAUUGUAUUAAACUAGAUUCAUGUAAACUGUUAGAAAUUUAUCUAGUUUUUGUGUAGUAAUUAGCUUUUGAAAGCAUUUGAUAAAUACAGUGUAACUGCCUAUUUCAUAAGACAUAUCUUAAGACAAGACAAUAAAACUUAAUUCUUUUUUAUCUUGGUUUUUUUUUCAGAGACUAUGCCAGAAUUGAUAAUUUUAUCAUUUUAAUAGAAAAAAGUAAAUCAAUGUAAUUAUUUGAAAUUAAAUUUUAAGUAGAUAAACAUCUAUAAUUCUUUAUGUAAUGAAAAGUGGUAAACUAUGCAAAAAUUAGGAACGAUUUGCAUUUAAAUAUUUAGUCUUGAUAAAAACCUUUAAACAUGCCCUUUCUUUGUGGAACAAAUUUUAUCAAUGUAUUAUAGAUGUGUUUUGUUUUUUUGUGUUGUUGGUUUGCUGUCUCAUUGAUAAUACCCCACAUAUCAUUUUAUCAUAUUGCACACAAUGAUAUAACAUGGGCAUGUUUAAAGGCUGCUUUCAAAAUAAAAUAUAUGAUUAUUAUUUUCAUAUCUAUGCAAGUUUCAGGUAGUGCAAUAUUGGGAAACAUACAGAAUUACAACAAAAUAGUAUUUUUUUCAGACUUUGAAACAAUGAUUGAGAUUUAUUUCAAUAUUAAUUUCUCUUUGCAUAUUAUUGUUUUUCUGUCACAUUGAUAUAUUCCCCUAAUUUUAUUUUAAUCAUAGAGAUAAAAAUUGUAUGCACUGCAUUGUACAAACAAGGGGAGAUAACUCAACACUGAUUUAAUAUUUUUGUUUCCAAUUUUGUGACCUAAUCAUAACGGACCAUGUAAUUGUUUAACAAGACCUGAGUGUUCUAGGCAAAACAGAUGCUAAUUAUAAGCUUCCAAAAUGUACAGACAUAUUUUUCAACUUGUAAAUUUAACUAUUGUUUUUUUUUUAAUAUUCUAUUAGUCCAAAUUAAUUUAGUUGCUUUGGCUUGAUUUAGUUUUUAAAGCAACUGCUUUCAUGCUAUAGCGUAUAGACAUCUGGACCCAGAUUAGAGACUCUGCCCAGAUCAAGCCAAAGUUUUUUUAAGCAGAUUCCUGGUCUGUCAUUCUAAUACUUUUAUGUAUGUUUUCUAAUGAAAUACAUUAAUUGAAACAGUUGAAAAGCAUUAGUGGGUUUGAGAAGUUUCAACAUCUGUUCUUGUAAAUGUAUUUUUUGCAUUUAAAAGGACAACUGUUUGACUAUCAAAGAACAUAGAAUUCCGAGUGAAAAAAGUGCAUUUUUAUACCUGCGAUUUCGUUCUUGAGAUGUUUCAACAAAAUAUUGAAUAUGAAUGUCAGUUGUUGAUUUGAUAUUGAACAUUUGACUGAAUUAUCUCUUAUACAGUUUUAUGUUGUUUAAUUCGUGUUUGUUUUUGAAAGAGGUCAAGUUGCUCUUGUUCAUUCAUAAAAUUAUCGUAAAAUCACUACGCACGUUAUAGUGAUGUAAUCUUAUCUCACAUUAUUUGUUUUUAAUUAAAAGUAGCACAGUUUA